AUGCCGCCCAAUCGCUACCCCUGUCCCAUCCAACGCCGCAACCCGCUUAGCCACCGUGUGGCCUCCGUCGGCCCCGCGCGCAGCAGCUUCCCAGACAGCGGGCUGCUGCGGCCAAGCACGAGCUCACCUCGCCGUGACCCGCCCUGCUCCUUCUUCAUUGCGAUGGCCAAGUACGGGCCUCAAGCUCCAGCCAUGGCCGCUCCGUCCUACCCACUCUCCUUCCUCCCUACUCAGACUCCAAUCGAACCUGCGCCCGACCUCAUGCGCCGCCUAUACUUAGCCGGCACUCCACCACCACGCGGCCCCGCGCACAGCCUCUUCCUGACCGGCAUGCACCUACUGCCUCAAGUGGGCAAGCAACACAGCUCAGCUGGGUUAGAUGGGCGGCCUACUGAUUUCCGUUUCCAGGAAUUCAGAUUAGAUUACGAGAAAAACAAGCACCUUGAAGCUGGCCAUGCCAUCUUCUCAGACCCCUUCUCUGCUGGCGGCCACAUGUGGAGGAUAAGCUGCUUUCCGCGUGGAAUUAAUUCGGUGUAUGACAAGGGCGAGUAUCUCUCUGUCUUCGUCUUCUUGAUGGACAAGAACGGGGAACCAUCAGUAACCGCUUGGAAAAGGUCAGGGGUUCAUCUGUUCCAACUCCAAUGGGACGUUUGGGGGUUUUCCCGGUUAGUCUCACAGACUGAUCUGGUUAAAGAUUAUGUAACAGAGGAGGGACACAUAAGGAUCGUUUGUGGAAUCAUGGUUGUAAAUGACCGCUCCAUUCCAGUACCACCUUCAGACAUUGUAGAACAUCUAUGCAACAUGCUAGAUAGCACAGAUGGGGCAGAUGUGUCGUUCAUCGUUGACAGUGAGACGUUCCACGCACACCGAGCGGUGCUUGCUGCUCGCUCGCCGGUCUUUAGAGCGGAGCUCCUUGGUUCCAUGGCUGAGGCUACAGCACCAUCCAUCACCCUACAUGACAUUGCCCCUGCAACAUUCAAACUCAUGCUUCGGUUCAUGUACACAGACACCUUUCCUGUAGACGGCGAGCUGCUUGGUGAUUGCCCCACUGAGAUGAUCCGGCAUCUACUAGCUGCAGCUGACCGGUAUGCAUUGGACCGACUGAAGCUUAUGUGUGCUCAGAAAUUGUGGGACAAUGUGUCUGUCAAUACAGUUGCCGCUACCUUAGCUUGUGCUGAAAUGUACAACUGCCUGGAGUUGAAGAUCAAGUGCAUUGACUUCUUUGCAAUGGAGAAAAAUUUCAGGAAGGCUGUGUUAACUGAUGGUUUUGUGCAGCUGGUGCAGCAGUUCCCAUUCAUUAUCGUUGAACUGCGAAAGAGGCCUGCGACAUGA